ACUCAAUGGUAAUUUUUUGCCCAAAUCGUUAGAGAACCCCAACGUUUCUGUCUCAUCGACCACGAACCGCCGUCUGCGGCGGCUAACGGCAGCUGCCUCCCUCUCAAGCUAACAUCUUCUAAUCCGCUGAUUCUCGGCUAACUAUUACUUUUCCAGCUUAUCUUUCUGAUUCACAGUCUUCUGUGUCCCAGUAUCAAUGGAACCCAUGGAUAUUGUUGGUAAAACAAAAGAGGAUGCUUCGCUUCCUAAAGCAACUAUGACGAAAAUUAUUAAGGAGAUGCUCCCACCUGACGUUCGUGUUGCAAGAGAUGCUCAGGAUCUUUUGAUUGAAUGUUGCGUAGAGUUUAUUAAUCUUGUUUCAUCAGAAUCAAAUGAAGUUUGUAACAGGGAAGAGAGGAAAACAAUCGCACCAGAACAUGUACUCAAGGCUUUGCAGGAUCUUGGAUUUGGGGAGUAUAAUGAAGAGGUUUUCGCUGCAUAUGAACAACACAAACUUGAGACUAUGGACACAGUGAGAACUGGGAAAUGGAGCAACGGAGCUGAUAUGAGUGAGGAAGAGGCAUUGGUUGAGCAGCAGAGGAUGUUUGCUGAGGCUCGUGCUAGGAUGAAUGGUGGUCCAAUGAUUCCCAAGCCAGCAGAUUCUGAUUCUUGCCCAAGUUUGAAUAGCUAGCUCUUACCUGUGGUGCAUGUUUGACAUGCUGUAUUAGACUGUUGUGUACAAUGCAAUAGACAAGAUUGUAGCUAUGCUUUAUCUAUUACUGAACAUGCCAAUAGUUAUCUUGAACCUAAAGCCAUUGGCAGCUAUCUAUGCAUUUUCUUUGUAAAAAAAAAAAAAAAAAAAAAAAAACACUUGGGUACUACUAUGGCUUCUGUUGGCUCUCCGGCCAAGCUUGUUCUUCAAUUAGAUGUCUAUUUAUCCCUGUAA